AUGGGGGGAGUGGAGAGGGGGCAUAGGGUGUUGGCAGGAGAGGAAGGAGGGGAUGGUAAUAGCGAGGACGCCAAUAAGGAGGACAGUGGAGAGCAGGAGCGAGAGGAGGAGAGGGGGAGUGAGGAGGAAGGGAGUGGAGAGUCGAGUGGGGGGGAGCGAGAGAGUGUAGGAGGAAGGGGAGGUGGGGGGCGGGCGCUGGGUAACAGGGAGGGAGGAGAAAGAGAGGAGGAAGAGGAUGGGGAGGGUGGAAGGGAGGAGAAAUACGUUGAGAAGCGUCGUGGGAAAGGGAAUAAGGGGAGACGUGGAGUAGGGGAGAACGCAGAGGGAGAGGAGGAAGAGGAGGAAGAAGAACGCGGAACAAGAGGGAAAGGUGGGAGAGGUGGGAGGGGUGGAAAGGGGUCUAGGGGAGGUAGGGGAGGUGAUGGAGAGGCGAAGAGGAGGAGAAGGCGAGGCAAACGGACUGCUGAUGCGAGCAAUGACGGGGAGGAGGGGAUGGAGGGAGAGGGGGUAGGGGGGUCUGUGGUUCGGAAGAGGAGGGGGAGGAGGCCUGCUGCAAGUCCCUUAGAGGGGGGAGAAGGAGGCGUGAUACAGUCACCAGCAGCAGCAUCGCCUGCCCCAAAGAAGAAGUAUAGGCGUGCGGAUGGGGGGGGAGACGGAGAGGGGCGAAUAGAUGCAGACACGGAUUCUGAAGAGACAACUGAGUCGGAGGGAGGGGAUAAUGAGAGCGAGGAUGGGGGUGCGGAGCAGGAGGGGGAGGAGGGUGGGGAGCAGGAGAGGAAGGAGCAGGAGAAAAGGGCCGCGGAAGGUAUGUCAGAGCGGAGAGUGAAAGGUCAAAGUAGAGAGCGGGAGGAGGAAGAGAGGGAUGAUGAAGAUGCAGAAAGGGGUGAAGGUGGGGGUUUGGGGAAAGAGAAGGGAGGAGGAGGGAAGGGAGGGGAGGAAAAGAGAGGCUCUGAGCAGCAAGAAGGUGAGAGAGAAGAGGAAGAGGAGGGUGAAACAGAGGAGGGGGAGGAGGAGGAGGAGGAGGAGGAGGAGGAGGAGGAGGAGGAGGAGGAGGAGGAGGAGGAGGAGGAGGAGGAGGAGGAGGAGGAGGAGGAGGAGGAGGAUGAGGAGGAGGAGGAGGAUUCUGAUGACGAGGAUGGUGCUGAGCUGGCAUUGGACGAAGCUGACGACGCAGAACCGGUGAUUCUGGACAGUGGGGCUGCUGCUGACGUGUCCACGCCCUCUGUUGAGCUGGCAGGGGAAGGGAGCGGGGAGGAUGUGACUGAAAUGAGGGAUAGAGAAGGGGAGGAAGAGGAAGAGGAGGUUAUGGAAGUGAGUGGGAGGAGGAGGAGCACAGACGGUGCGGAGGAGGUGGUGGUGGUGGAAGAGAAGGGGAGGAGGGAGGGAGGAGGUGGGAGAGCAAGGGACAGGCAGGUAGUUGACUUGGAGGGAUAUGGGAGUUCUCAAAUUCAAGAGAUUCAAGACACUCAGGAGGUUCAGCAGGAGGGGAAUGAGGGGACUGAGGAAGUUGAGGAUGAAGGGGAGGAUGAGGAGGAGGAGGAGGUUCAGGAGGAGGGGGAGGAGUUGCAGGCUGCUGACGUGGAUGAGGAGGAGAAUGACGUGGAUGAUGACGUGGACGAUGAUGCUGCUCAAGAGAAUCAGGAAGACGGGGGAGCGGGAUCGGGAGGUCCAGGCUCGGGGAAGGGUCAGGAGGAGGGCGGCAAAGGGAAGGCGGGAGAAGGAGCAGGAGGUGGGUCAGGAAGAGUUGGGAGAGAGGCAGGGGAGAAGGAUGAAGAGGGUGAGGAGGAGGGUGAAGGGGAGGAGGCGCAAAGGGAGGAGGGGAACGUUGGUGGUGGUGGUAACCGCAUGGUGGAAGGGACAGUAGAGAAACCUGCGAAAGCCCCGUCGAGCAUUCCGAAGAGAUUUCUCAAGGAGUUGAGGGAGCUUCGGGAAAUUAGUGGGAUUCCCGAGCCUGCUUUGGCCUCGGAUGCUGCCGAGCCUAGAGAAGGCACUCAGGCUCGGAAUGGGGCUGCAGCAGGCUCGGCGACACGUGGCUGGGUUCCUCCGAGUGUGCUUCACGAUCCAACCUCCAUUGCCUGCUAUGUGCCGACGAGUGGACCACAUGUUCCUAAGCAGCUGCCACGGGAUGUCAUGAGUUUGGGUGUGCGCUUGUUUGCGAAGAGCCCUGGCGCAUUGUUGUGGCAGCAGCAAGCCAAGGCAAGGGGAGGAGGAGGCUCCAUGAGAAAGGAAAAUGUGCCUUCUAUCACCAGUUACAGUUCUUUCUUUGUAGGUUUAGAGAGCCAGAAGUAG